ACGCAAAGCAAAUGCGCCAUUUCUUUGGAUCAGCUUUUAGAAGUAGAGCAGUUGGCUGUUUUGCGGCUUGUACAUUUUAUUAUUUCUCAGACUUUUUUUUUUUUUUUUUUGCUUGUUCUAUUUUGCGUUUUGUUACUUCGUUAGUUGUGCUUGAAGGUGGGAAAGAGGUUGCGUGCCUAAAACAAUACUGAGGAAGUGAAAGCCGAGCAGUAUGGCAUCGCAACAAAUGAAUCAGCCCGUUGGAGUCCAACCCGGGACAACAUUGCAGCAGCAGCAGCAACAACAACAACAACAACAGCAGCAGCAACAACAGCAACAACAGCAGCAGCAGCACCAACAGCUCAACCAACAGCAAGACUUUGACCCCGUUCACCGUUUCAAAAUGCUUAUACCACAAUUAAAAGAAAGUCUUCAGAAUGUUAUGAGCAUAGCAUCACUGAAUUUUGCACACAAUACAGCAAUUGACAAUGGCAUAAUGUCUUAUUCCAGCAAGAGUAGUGAUACUGCCGUGCAGCGAUUUGACAAGAGCCUGGAAGAGUUCUAUGCCCUCUGUGACCAAUUGGAGCUGUGUCUGCGGCUCGCGUACGAGUGCCUGUCUCAGAGCAUCGACAGUGCCAAGCAUUCUCCAAACCUCGUCCCUACUGCAACCAAGCCUGACACAGUACAGACUGAAAGCCUGUCGUACUCUCAGUACCUCAGUAUGAUCAAGUCCCAGAUAUCCUGUGCCAAAGACAUCCACAACGCCCUCCUUGAAUGCUCUAAGAAGAUUGCAGGCAAAAGCCAAACACAAGGACUCCUGUAAAAACAUUUUUUUUUUGUCUCGAAAUAAAAACGCAUAAAUUUGUUCUGGUUUUGUAUAUUUUGGUUGCUAAAUUAUGAAAUUUGAAUAUCACAUUUUAAUUGUGUAAUAAAUAAUAAAGUUUAACCUUGGCAUCUAGAA